AUGUUGAGCAAGCUUGUGCCCCGCAUCAAAGCCAAGCCACUGACGGAGAGGACUAGCUCCCGCGAUGCCUUUGUCUACUUGGAUCGAGUGCAGAAGUUCUUCGGCUGGACAGCGGUCGAGGAUAAGAGGUGGAGGAUCCCCUACAUUCUGUGGGGUAUUUUCAUGAACCUGCUGCUGAUCUUCUUCCUGCCGAUCUCGAUGCUGGUGGCAUACAUUCAGAUGUUCAAGAGCUUCACGGCGGGCGAGUUUCUCAGCUCCCUGGAGAUCACGGUGAAUAUGUACGGAUGCGUUUUGAAGUGCAUCUACACCAUUUGGGGCUUCAAGGGGUUUACGGCAGCCAGAAAGGUGCUCGACGAGCUGGACCUGCGCUGCACCAGCGACGAGGAGCGGACCAGUGUGCACCGCUGCGUGGCUCUGGGGAACCUGAGCUACGUGUUGUUUCACAUCUUCUACUCGGGAUUUGUGGUCAUCAACUGGACGGGCUACGUCCUGAUGGGCAGGCACGCCUGGAUGAUGUACCUCCCUGGGCUGGACGCUGAAAAUAACUUCUUCGUAGCCAGCUUGUGCGAGAUGCUUCUGAUGAGCGGCGUGGUCACCAUGGAUCAGUGCACGGACGUCUCUCCUCUGGCCCACAUGCUGAUGGCUCGCUGCCACAUCUGUCUGCUCAAGGAUCGGUUGACAAAGCUGCGCACGGACCCCACCAAAGACGAGGACGAACACUACGAGGAGCUGAGCAACUGCGUCCACGACCAUCGCUUGAUAUUGGACUAUGUCAAGGCUCUGCGGCCCACCUUUUCAGGGACCAUAUUCGUGCAGUUCCUCUUGAUUGGUAUAGUUCUGGGCCUGUCCAUGAUCAACGUCAUGUUCUUCUCGACCCUCUGGACGGGCCUCGGCACCGUGUGCUUCAUGUUCUGUGUGUGCCUGGAAACCUUUCCCUUCUGCUACCUUUGCAAUAUGAUCAUCGAUGAUUGCCAAAAGCUAUCGGACAAUCUGUUCCAAUCGGAUUGGACGGCUGCCAGUCGCAGAUACAAGUCCACGCUGGUCUACUUUCUGCAGAAUCUCCAGAAACCGAUUAUCUUAACAGCGGGUGGAGUGUUUCCCAUCUGCAUGCAGACGAAUCUAUCGAUGGUGAAGCUGGCUUUUUCCGUGGUCACCGUUAUAAAACAAUUCAAUCUGGCGGAUAAGUUUCAGUAGGAAAGCACUACUAAUAGGACAUGAAUAUGUUCAUCAGUUUAGGGCGAGGUCCAUCCCCAAGAAGGGAUGCAAAACAUACCUAAGUUGAUUAGACCUUGAUAUUGAUACUUCGUUGUCAAUUGUGUAGGAACUAGUAUCACAAAAACGUUAUCUAACGAAAGUAGCAACUGA